CCAGGGUUGGCGGCCCAGUACGCUGCCCUGCCGCUGAGAAGGGCACUGUUACAGAAUUACGACAAACACAUCCGGCCUGUCCGGGACCAGAACACGACGGUAAGGCUGGACUUCGACGUGGCGCUGAGGCAGGUGGUUGGGCUGGAAGAAUUGAACCAAAUCUUCACAACGCUCUUGUGGCUACGGUUGUACUGGACGGAUGAAUUACUGCAGUGGAACGCGUCACAACAUGGCGACAUCAAGACGAUAACCUUCCACUCUACUGAAGUCUGGACGCCUGACCUCUUCCUCAUCAACAACGUCGGAGGAGGCUCGGGUGAUCUACCACACGUCACUGACGUCACCGUGACCAGUGAGGGGCGCGUCACGUGGUUCCAACCGGGACUCUUCAGCAGCGCAUGCGAAGUGGACGUCAGCGAAUUCCCGUAUGAUCAACAGACCUGCAAGCUGUCUUUCUCCUCCUGGCUAUAUGACGGGGCUCACCUGGAUCUGAUGAACAUGUCGGCAACCAUGGAUCUGUCUGCGUUCGCGCAGAACGACCAGUUCGAAGUGACAGACGCAAAAGUAUGGAGAAAGGAGAAUUUCUUCUCCUGCUGCCCUGACGCGCCGUGGCCCAGUAUGGAGCUGCACGUCCACCUGACGCGCCGCCGCCUGUUCUACAUCAUCAACAUGGUGGUCCCGUGUCUGGACCUGCUGGUCCUCAACCUGGCGGCCUUCUACAUCCCGCCAGACAGCGGAGAGAGGCUGGGUUUUACCAUCACGGUUCUCCUGUCGCUGGUGGUGUUUCAGCAGCUGCUGACCACCCAGCUCCCCGCCACUUCUACAUCUACACCCAUGCUUGGCCAGUUCUUCACGGCCACGAUCGUGCUGGUGACCAUCUCGCUGCUGCUGACGAUCCUGGUGCUGCGGCUGUCCCACCCCGGCCACCCCUCCCGCCCGCUGCCCCGCUGCCUCCGCCUGCUGCUGCUGCGCUACAUGGCAAACUUCUUCUGCAUGUGCGACAUCGCCAGAGAGACACCGCGGCGUAGAGGUAACCACGACCUGUUGCACGACGCUGAGGACACCGAGCUGAGGGAGUUUCGUCGCGACAUUCGGUACGAGAACACGCGACACGACUCCACCACACGCCGGUCCCUGCUUCAGCAGAUUUCAUCGCAGGUGGAGGACAUCUCGACCUGUCUGCAGGAUCACGUGAAGGACGGGGAGAAGGAGGGAGAGUGGAAGAUGGCGGCACUCGUGCUGGACAGAGCGGCCAUGUUAGGGACUCUCAUCGCCUCUAUAGUCAUCAGACGUAUCAAGUACCUGGUAUCAUCAAAGAUCUUAAACUUCGACUCACAGACAUUGUCCGACUUCUUGCGUGUACGAGCGAAAUGCCGGUUCUCUGUUGUCGCGAUCGUUGUGUGUGCUUACUGUAUACAAGGGUUGGCCGGCCAGUACGCCGCUAUACCGCUGAGGAAGGCACUGCUGGAAAACUACGACGAGCGGCUCCGGCCUGUCCGGGACCAGAACACGGCGGUCAGGCUGGACUUCGACGUGGCGCUGAGGCAGGUGGUGGGGCUGGAAGAACAAAACCAGGUCUUCACAAGUCAGCUGUGGCUACGAUUUUACUGGACGGACGAGUUACUGCGGUGGAACGCGUCACAACAUGGCGGCGUCACUUUGGUAACCUUCCACUCUAAAGAAGUCUGGACUCCCGACCUCUUCCUCAUCAACAAUGCUGGAGGGGGCUCGGGUGAGGUGCCACGGAUCACUGACGUCACCGUGACCAGUGAGGGUCGCGUGUCGUGGUUCCAACCCGGACUGUUCAGCAGCGCAUGCGAAGUGGACGUCAGCGCGUUUCCCUAUGAUAGACAGACCUGUAAGCUGGAGUUCUCCUCCUGGCUGUAUGGCCCGGCUCAGCUGGACCUCUUCAACAUCUCAGGCAGCAUGGACAUGACUGCAUUCGCGGAGAACGACAAGUUCGAGGUGACAAGGACUGAGGUGUGGAAAAAGUUGACGUACUACAAAUGCUGCCCUGACGCGCCGUGGCCCAGUAUGGAGCUGCACGUCCACCUGACGCGCCGCCGCCUGUUCUACAUCAUCAACAUGGUGGUCCCGUGUCUGGACCUGCUGGUCCUCAACCUGGCGGCCUUCUACAUCCCGCCAGACAGCGGAGAGCGACUGGGUUUUACCAUCACGGUCCUUCUGUCGCUGGUGGUGUUUCAGCAACUCCUGGCCUCCCAGCUCCCCGCCACCUCCAUAUCCACUCCCAUGCUCGGGAGGUUCUUCACGGCCACGAUCGUGCUGGUGACCAUCUCGCUGCUGCUGACGAUCCUGGUGCUGCGGCUGUCCCACCCCGGCCACCCCUCCCGCCCGCUGCCCCGCUGCCUCCGCCUGCUGCUGCUGCGCUACAUGGCAAACUUCUUCUGCAUGUGCGACAUCGCCAAAGACCGGCCAGCCGCCUCCGGGGCAUCUCCAAAUCAUGCAAACCAUACCCACGAGUUGCUGAACGGCGAAGACAACGCUGAGCUGAAGGACACGGGCCGCAACACUCUACAGGAGAUCGCCCUCACCGACUGCACACAGCGAUCCUUGCUUCACCAGAUUUCAGCCAGGGUGGAGGACAUCACCGCCCAUCUGCAGGGAAUCGCUGACGACGAGGAGCAAGAACGCGAGUGGAAGAUGGCUGCCCUGGUGGUGGACAGGGCGGCCAUGUGGGUGACUGCUGUUGGCUCUGUGGUGAUCAGCUUCGUCUUUCUCGUGUAGGACAGCUGCGGAUUCAGCUAGCCUCU